AUGGCCCUAUCCACACUCCCCUCAAGCACUCAACACCACGGACCUCCGAACAACAACAGCAACGACAACUCACGGGAUAAAGAUGGCAAACCCCCUCACUCGCCCCGAUUCCCCGGUGCCGGGCGCCCCCGUCUUCGCUGCCGGAUAUGCGGCGCGACCUUAGACCCCCAACCAGCCCGCUCUCUCUCCAAAGGCGCGCCUCGCCCGAAGCGGGCACCCGUCACGGGCGUCCACCGCUACAGAAAUGGCGGAAUAAUUGAAUGUCCGUACAGCACGCGGGCUUAUGCCCUUCCUCAACAGGUUAACCGGAUGGUGAUCGCCGAGGCGGCUGAGGCGGCGGGGAUGUCGCGAGGUGGGAGACGGCGCAUGGUGUUACCUACGAGGAUAGCGCCGAGGAGUGAACGUGAGGAUGAUGACGCUAUGGACGAGGAUGGACAUGAGGAAGAAGAAGAAGAGGAGGAGGAGGAGGAUGAUGAUGGCGACGAAGAUGAUGACAACGAGGAAGACGAUGAGAGCUCUCAAGCAUCUGCAGAGGAAUCCUCAGAAAAUGAUGACAAGGACUAA